AUGUAUCCGGCCAUGCUCCCCACGCCGCCACCAUCCCCUGGUCCCCGCUGCUAUGCUCCCGAGGACCGUCUUGGACUCAUCUUGGCCGACCGGCUGGAGCUGACCCAAGUCCUGGGCGUCGGAGCCUAUGGCGUCGUCUACACUGCUCGCGACAUCAACACCCAUGAGGUCUUUGCCGUGAAGGUCCUCAACAAGAAUGGUCUGGAUGCCCGCCAACUCAAGUUCCAGCAGCGCGAGAUUAGUCUCCACCAUAUGGCCAGCCAGCACCCUAACGUGGUUUCCCUCAAUACCAUCAUGGAAUCCGUGGAUUGUACUUACGUCGUCAUGGAAUAUUGCCCGGAAGGAGACCUGUUCUCAAACAUCACCGAUAAGGGAAACUUUGUCGGUAAUGACUUCUUGGCCAAGAGUGUAUUCCUCCAGAUCUUAGACGCUGUACAAUAUUGCCAUUCCAUUGGAAUCUACCACCGCGAUCUCAAGCCCGAGAAUGUCCUCGUGACCGACCAGGGAAUGACCGUCAAGCUGGCCGACUUUGGCCUCGCCACCAGGGAUUACUUCACUUCCGACUUCGGAUGUGGUUCGACCUUCUAUAUGUCGCCUGAAUGUCAACAAGCCAACCCUCGGCCGUUGUCUUGCUACAUGUCCGCUGCCAACGACGUCUGGAGUCUGGGCGUGAUUCUCGUCAAUCUAACCUGCGGUCGCAAUCCAUGGAAACGCGCUUCGAUCGAAGAUUCCACAUUCCAGGCCUAUCUCAAGGAUCCCUUCUUCCUGAAGACCAUUCUGCCUCUCUCCACCGACAUGGUUAGUAUCCUGAGCCGAGUCUUCGAGCUCGACCCAAGUAAGCGGAUCACUAUCCCUGAGCUGCGCCAGCUCAUUCUGGAGUGCCCCCGCUUCACGGAGAAUCCCAUGGUUCAAGCCCCCUGGGUGCCGGAGCAGAUCGCCUACAUUCCCCAGCCCCAGAUGCCAAUGUUCAUGCCCAUGGAGCCCCUGCAUGCUCAGCCCUCUGCCUCGUCGUUGGCCUCCUCGCAAUACUCGGCCUUCUCCUCUGCUGCGUCCGACGGUUCGGCCAUCACCGAGGAUUACUCGGAUCUGAACAACAUGUCGCCCGCAGUCUCGGAGCAGGUCCCGGAUUGCAAGGUAUACCCCUCUGUCUGCGCGGAGCCCUUCUUCCCCGCGGAUUCCUUUGCCUACGGCUACCACUACCCGAUGCCACGGUUUGAGGUCCCCGUCUGA